GAACCUCCACCGGCUUGAACUCUGCUUCUUUUGUUGCGUCAUUGUCAUGCAUGCGUGUACGCAGAAAGUAAUGUCCUGGAACAACUGACACUUUGGCCAGGUCAGUGGACUUGUCCACCCAGCUAAUCGUUGAUCUCGCACCGACCUAGCCAAGCCUGUCUCAAUCGUACAUCUUCUACAGCGCCCCAACGCUGUUGCCAAGAUGCCGAAAGGUAGCUGCCUCUGCGGAGAGUAUACGCACGAAUAUACCGGCGAUCCACUGGGUGUUGCUAUUUGCCACUGCAUACCUUGCAUACAGACUGCGGGUCCGAACGGUAGCGUGAAUUCCGCGAUUAAAUCGGAAAAUUACAUACAGACCUCCGGUACCGCAGCCAAAUGGACUCGCAAGGGCGAGAGCGGCAAGAACGUCACCUAUGAACGGUGUCAGAACUGUGGCACGAUCAUGAUUGUUCACGCCGAAGCUGCUCCUGGCAUCGUCAUUUUCAAGACUGGGACGGUGGCAAGCGAAGAUCCUCUGGCGAUGGGUGCACCGAAGCCGGCUCAGGAAAUCUACAACAAAAACCGACCGGAGUGCUAUCCUUCGAUCUCCUAUGCAGAGCAGAAGGACGCGGCGUAAAACGUUCGCACGGAGAGUGUCGACUUCAAGUCAAGGCAGGAAUGUACUCAGUGUUCGGCGACGUGAAGUUGAAAUACAGUUGUUGAGAGCGUCAGACGACCCAGUCCAUCAAGGUUGCCUUGAGCCCACCCUCCACGGUGCAGUAGAUGUGUCCGGUAGGGAAGGCUUUAAUCUUGGGUUGAAGGGCUACGUAUCUGCGGACAUGUAUUCGGAUCUGUCGGCGUACAACCCCAUACAAUGACGACAUCGAACAUCGAGAGCGAACC